AUGCCGCGGGGAGGCCGAGGUGGUGGUCGAGGCGCGGCAACCGCAGGCAUUCGAGCAGUUGCGAAUGCUCUUGGAAUUGCUAGAAGUGAAGUCGGUGCGUACACCAAGAUUAUUAGCGAAGCACCACCUCUCUAUCCAUCUGUAAGCCAAUCUACGCUUCCAGUGGAGCGUACUGACGAGUUACAAUACAUGGCUGAAUUGAGACAGGAACUAUUAACACGAUUUCACGAGUCAUCAUUUUACAUGGAAGCUGUUGGACGAAACUGUGACGUCAGACGUUAUACCGAUAAGUACCGAGCUCUAGAUAAAGAAAAAUUAAUUCCGGACUGGUCUCGACUUCCUGAUGAAUUAGACUAUAGGCACUCCACUAAAGUUCAUGAUGUUUUGAAAAAACGCAGGAGGAUCGAAGAUAACGGCGUUCUUCGCGUAGAAGAGAAGCUCGCGAAAUUGGAAGAGCAUGAGGACACUGUUGAGUUAGAUGAGGACGCUCAAGUGGAAGCUGAGAAAGAGGCAAGCAGCGGCAGCGAAGAUGAGGAGAAGGAAAUUGAUGAACAGGCAUGUUUAGAACCUCUGUCUGACGAUGACUAUUUGGAGGAAGAUAAUGAUUAUAUUCACUCAUAUUUUGACAACGGCGAGAAUUACGGCGAUGUAGGAUCUGAUGAUAACUUGGAUGAUGAUAAUGCAUUUUGA